GUAACUAGCUGUAGCUUUUAGCUUUAACAACGCAGCUUUACCGUGUUCUGGUUUAUUUUUCCCGUUUUAAUGUUAGAAGUUGAGUAAAUAGAGAGUUGUUUCUGUGUUCACAUCGGAAUCCGAAACCGUCUGAGGAAUGGACGGAGAGGAUGACGAGUUUAUGUCCGGGAACCGCUCGGAUGAUGGAGGCGGCACUCCGGUUCAGGAUGAACACCCAGUGUCAGACGGCGAAGAGAUGAGGAGCGACGGACAUCAGUCUGAGGAUGACGGCAGUAACGAUGAGGACGCUCACCACACUGAGGACCGCCGAGAGGUUGACAGCAGCUCUGGCAACGAGGGCCACCGAGGGGCUGACAGCGACUCGGAGGGCGAGGCCUCUGGGGGCCACGAUGAUGAUGACAACAGCGACUCUGAGGCAGAGGCUCCCCAUCCUGCCGAGAGCGAUGUUGAGUCUCCACUCAAACGCAGGAUGAGUGGCUCAGACAACGAGGAGGAGUCUCCGGUCAAACAUGGAACCUCAGACAACGGGGAGGGGGAGCCAUCGUCUCUCCCCAAACGCAGGGGGAGCAGCUCAGAUGUGGAGGAGGGGGAGGUGUCACCUCCCCACAAGCACAUGGGGAGCAACUCAGAUGUGGAGGAGGGGGAGGCAUCGUCUCCUCCCAAGCGCAGGGGCAGCAUCUCUGACAUGGAGGAGGGGGAGGCAUCACCUCCCCCCAAGCGCAGGGGCAGCAUCUCUGACAUGGAGGAGGGGGAGGCAUCACCUCCCCCCAAGCGCAGGGGCAGCAUCUCUGACGUGGAGGAGGGGGAGGCAUCACCUACCCACAAGCGCAGGGACAGCAUCUCUGACGUGGAGGAGGGGGAGGCAUCACCUCCCCUCAAGCGCAGGGGGAGCAACUCAGACUUGGAGGCAGGGGAGGCAUUGUCUCCUGCCAACCACAGGGGCAAUGGCUCAGACAUGGAGGAGGGAGGUGACAGACCUAAAACAGCUCCAGACAGCGAUUCAGAGAAGGAGGAUGCCAAAGCCGUGGCAUCCCCUGACCGCCGGUCCAACGCCGAAAGUGACUCUGACACAGAGACGCCUGCCAGACCCAGGGCAGUGCAGAUAGACUCUGAGGAGGAGGAGGAGGAGAAACAGCAGGGUGGGGAGGAGGGAGGAGGAGAGGGGGGGAAGUGGAAGGCUGCGAUGCAAUCUGACAGUGAGGAGGAAGAGGGAGGAACGAGGAAGGCCACAGCAGGAAGUGAUGGAGAGCAGAGAGACGACAACGAUGAAGAUGAGAAGCCAGUGAAGAGGAAGAAGGCAAUCCUGUCAGACAGCGAGGAGGAGGAGGAGGCAGACAGACCAGCAGUGAAGAGGAGUCGGGCAGUGUUGGACGAUGAGAACUCAGACAGCGAUGGCGGCUCAGAGGGUCCUGAUAAGAGUCUGGCGGCCAAACUGAGGGAGCUCGGCUCGGACAGCGAGAGUGAGGACGACAGGUCGAAGGCCACGCCCAGGAAGAAGAAUGAGAAGGCACUGUUCGGCAGUGACAGCGACUCCGGAGACGGCGACGAGGAGGAGAAAAUGAUCGCUGACAUCUUUGGAGAGUCUGGAGACGAGGAGGAGGAGGAGUUCACGGGCUUCAACCAGGAGGACCUGGAGGGGGAGAAGAAGGAGUCGGAGAAGCAGCAGCAGCAGCAGGAAGAGGAGUCUGACUCUGAUGAAGUCGACCGCAGCGGCCUAGAUACCAGCUUCAUGUCUGACUUCGACAUCAUGCUCGCUCGGAGGAAAGCCAUGAACAGUAGGAAGAGGCGGCACCGUGAUGGAGGGACAUUCAUCAGCGACGCCGACGAUGUGGUCAGCGCCAUGAUCACCAAGAUGAACGAGGCCGCAGAGGAGGAUCGAACUCUGAACAGUCAGAAGAAGCCGGCACUGAAAAAACUCACUCUGCUGCCACAGGUCGUCAUGCACCUGAAGAAGCAGGACUUGAAGGAGACGUUUAUUGACAGUGGGGUGAUGUCCGCCAUUAAGGAGUGGAUCAGUCCUCUCCCAGACAAAUCGCUGCCUGCUCUCAGAAUCAGAGAGGAGCUGCUCAGGAUCCUACAGGAGCUGCCCAGCGUGAGUCAGGAGACUCUGAAGCACAGCGGCAUCGGCCGGGCCGUCAUGUUUCUGUACAAACAUCCCAAAGAGUCUCGGACCAACAAAGACCUAGCGCUCAAGCUCAUCAAUGAGUGGUCGCGGCCGAUCUUCGGGUUGACGUCCAACUAUAAGGGAAUGACGAGAGAGGAGCGACAGCAGAGGGACCUGGACCAGCAGAUGCCUCAGAAACGACGGCUGAGCUUGGGAGGUCAGACGCCUCGGAGGGACCUGGAGAAACAGCUGACUGGAGAGGAAAAAGCUCUGCGACCUGGUGACCCUGGGUUCUGUGCCAGGGCUCGGGUCCCAAUGCCCUCCAACAAAGACUAUGUGGUACGACCCAAGUGGAACGUAGAGGUGGACACCAACAGGGGCCCGUCGAAGAAGGGGUUAUCCCGUGUCGAUAAACAGAUGCGUAGAUUUGCUGACAUCCGCCGCCUUACGAAGACGGGUCACGCAGUUAAAAUCAGUGUGGAAGGAAACCGGAUGCCGCUCUGAUUAUAACAAUAGAAUUUAUUUACAUUUUGCUUUUUAAAUGUUUUGUUCUGUGAUUAGCCUCCUUCUGUUCUCCCACCUCAGGUCCAGCUCUGCCCUACAGAAGGGCUGACGUCAAAUCAUUUGACGGAAGUUAGAAUGUGAAUAUCUGCUCAGAUGUGUCUGAAAUUUAUAGGAAUUCCACCCAGUGUCUGGGCAAAAAAUGUAAAAUCUGCUCCAAAAUGACCCAAGGAAUAAAAAGGUAACUGCUAUUAAUUUAACAGCUAUAUUAGCCGUAGCUUCAAACCAACUUGAUCCACAAUGCUAACUCAUGUUAGCAUUACACCAUCUUAAAUUAUUGUUAGCAGUCAGCUUUAUCUCCAAGUCUAUAAUGUCCGUUAUGUUAACGGUACAUUAUUGUUACAGUACCUACAAGUUAGCUAAUGUAACAGGUCAAUUUACUUGGAGGCAAUGCUAAUGCUAGUGUUGAUUAUUGGUAAUGUUCACAAUGAGCUACACUAGGUUUAUCUAUUAACCAACCAGCUCUUCUUUCAUAUCUUAACUUUAAGUUGACUUCAUGUCAAACUUGAAAAGUCUUUAACAUUAGCUUAUGUUAGCAGUCAGCUACAUAAGACUAAUAUCAACACAAACUAGGUUCCCUACGUUGGCUACGUUUAGCAGACGGGUAUUAGAUUUAGCUCUAAAACCACUAGGUCCUUAAUGUCAACAAAUGAUAGCACUCUGUUAGCUUUUCCCACCAGCCAACUAAGCAUGCUAAUGUUACAGAAGGUUUUAGCUCAAAACGAACUUAGUAGUCAACUAAUUUAACCUUAGCUUUAGUAGUCAGCUUUAGUUGUUAACCGCAAUUAGCAUUGUGUUUAAUUGUACCUUGCCUAAAGCUAAUGUAACAUUAGCUUUAUUUCUCAAGCAUCAUGGUAGAACACUGUGUGCUCUUAGCUAGAUUUUUCUACAAAAGAUUACAGUUAAACCUGGGACAAUUUCAAUUAACUGCUGCCUGUAAUUUACAAAUUAAAAUUAUUUUUUAAACAAGGUGAAACAACUCUUCCAAUAUACCAACCAUAGUUCAUCCUGUUGUCAUUGUAAAAGUAAAGUUUUCUAUGCUGCAUAUCUUAAAAUGAAAAGAAUAAGGCAGAACUUUUUAACACAUCAGCAAAAUUAAAUGUCACUGUACUGGCAGAUUUGUCACAAAUUUUAAAAAAUAAAACUGAUGUGUUAGAGUCCUCCCAACAUCAGCCUUUUAAUUAUCUGAAAGUCAUUCCUGUAGGCCUUGCUUGUAGCUGACAUGAACCUUAGCUUAUUAAAGCUAGUGUGAUUAAGAAAAAAACAACUCCUUACUGACUUUAAGUCUACAUGGGAGUGAGGAUUUGCAUAAUGAAGCAUUUAAACCAGGUGAUUUUACUACAGUAGCCUUCUACUAUCAGUAAGCAGCAAAGGUGAUAGAAAACUGCCAUUGUUCUAAUGUAUGAUGACAAAUUGGCUUGACUCGGUUUAAAAAUGAAUCAGACAUAAAUGUUGGAAAGGUCAUUUUGGCGAGAUUUAGAAUUUUUUUUUGUCCAAUGUACCAUCAAGUUUAGAAAGUUUCCAAAGUUUGCCAUUUUGUUCACUUUGAGUCUGAAUGUGAAGGUGUUUAUAUUUUGCUAACAGGCUAGUCAGAUCUCCUCUUCAGUCCAUUUUGUCCCCUCUGCUCCUGCAGUGGCUGUACAGAAGUAUGUAAACUGUCUGCAGUACUGAAUUCACACGGGUAACACUGUGACUCGGAUCCGAAUCACACCUCCUCCUGCAAGUCUAAACCUUUAAACAGUCACCAGGAGCCUGCAGUGAAGAUGUCGGAUCCAGAGUCAGUUUGUUGGCACUGGUCUGGUUCAGGUGAUACUUUUCGUAAUAAAGACUCAACAGAAACCCAACUCA